AUGGCAACACCGCUGGACCCUGUGUUGCUUCACGCAGAGACUGGGGACUUGGAGGCCUUGAAAGUCGAGGUGGAGAAGGCCAGCCCUGAGACUCUGAAGAAGCGCUUGAAGUGCCGGGAUCCGGACCGCAGGACGGCCUUGCAUCGCGCCUGUGCCAAUGGACACGACCAGGUGGUGGCGUAUCUCAUUUCUCAGGGCGCAGCCGUGGAGGUGGAGGACGACGAGGCCUGGACGCCGCUGCACAGCUCGGCCUCCCGCGGCGCGGCCGCGCUGGUCGCGACGCUGCUGGCGGCGAAGGUCGACGUGGAGGCGGCCACCAGCAGCGGCGCCACGGCGAUGCACUUCGCGGCGUCCAAAGGUCAUGAGGAGGUGCUGAGGCAACUGCUUGCUGCAGGAGCCCAGAUCAACAGCCAAGAUCGGAACAAAGGCACGCCACUGCUCCGGGCGGCUGGGGCUGGGCGCUUUGGAGCCAUGAAGAUCUUGCUGGAAGCACAGGCGGAUGUGUUGCGUCGCGACAAGGCGGGCGAGAACGUUUUUCACAUCGCCAUCACCAGUCAGAACCUGGAGAUGUGCGAGCUGCUCUUCGAACGUGACGAGGCUGAGCGUUUGAUGAUUCAAGAGAAUGACGAUGGGAAGACGGGGGCGCAGAUGCUGUUGGACCUGCAGCCCAUUGAGCUGCGGGACAAGAUCAAGUCCAUUUGGAAGGAAAAGAGAGGAGGGUAG